AUGAAGGCUUACAUAUUACUGUUUCUAAUAUUUUUCAUAAAAUAUGCAACUUCUCAAGAGGCUAAUGCUCAACUUCCAUUUUUUGCAAACAGUGAUCCAAUGAUGUCAAAAUUAUCACAAAUACAAUUCGCCGAAAUGCCGAAUAUGAAGGUUAGUGAAACUACGGUAGAGUUAGAGGGAAAGUACAAGGUAAUCCAAACUCGGACGAGUUGUGGACUAUAGGAUAUUUGGAAUAAUUAUCCAUUUUUUCUUCAUUUGAGUUUCCCUACAGGCCGACAAAUAUCCGGAUGUUGAUGCAAAUCGAAUAAUCAGCCCAUUAUUAUCACCAAUGAUGGAAGUAUUCGAGCAAAUGCAGGAAAAUCAAAGAGCUCGAGCACAAGCUGACAAAAUUGCAAAAGAUCGAGAUGAUCAUCCAUUUAGCACUUCAAAAAGUCUGUGGGAAAUGUUUCAAAGACUACAAAAACCAACAACAACUACCACACCAUCACCACCGUUAAUCGAACGAUUACUUCAACCAUAUAUUGAACCAUGGCAAAAACAAUUGGAUGAUUUCUCAAAAAAUAUGGCUGGAAUCACAUUAAUUCCAACAACCACAACAACGCCAGCCCCAACCACAACACCAUCUCAAAAUAUUCUCGAAAAAUCGCUUUCCGUCUUCUUUCCAUCUCUUCGUCGUAAACCACAAUCAAUUCCAACACUUCCACCUCCAACAACAACACAACAAACUCCACGUCUUUUCGAUCCUGAUAUUAUUGAUCGAAUUUUCUUUAAACGUGAAAAACGUCAAGCCGAUAAACCUGCUGUAGCUGCUCCAAAAUUCGAUUUAUUCACAGUUCCACCACCACCUCCAUUAUUUCAAGAAUGGGAAAAACCAAUAAUGGAUCUAUCAAAUCCAUUCACAUUAAAUCCAUUGAUGAAAAUGUUCACAACUCCAAAACCAGCUCCAACAACAAUGCCUCCACUCGAAAAACUUGAUCCAAGUAGCAUUUUCCCAAUUCACAAGAAUCCUUUACCAGAUCCACAAUUCAAACUACAAGAUCCUUUCUAUAAUCCAUUAUUUCCAAAUCGAAAAAGUAAAUUAUUCGAUUUAUUAGCUGGUGGAGAAGCUAGUCGUAUUCUUGGAUAA